GCUUAAGCUUUUGAUAAGAAGGUCAUGUAAGCCGGCUUGAGAUAAGCACAAAUAGAGACGAACAAAGGCAGCUCGAAAUACGGACCGCAAAUUAAAACUAAUUAAACAUCUCCGCUGCGUCAUUGUGUAAAUAUCAAAAUGUUCGCCGUGCUUUGUGGAGCUUUAUUGAUGUUGGCUUUUGAGCCUGGUGCCAUUGCUGAACAGAAAUUCCAAUAUGCCAUUAAGGAAUUUUCGGUGCCGCUGGACCACUUCAGUUUCCUGAGCAACGAGAGCUUCAGCAUACGGUACCUGUACAACGAUUCCUACGUGGACAAGGCCAAUUCCCAGUCGCCCAUCUUUUUCUACACUGGCAACGAGGGCGACAUCGAGUGGUUCGCGCAGAACAGCGGCUUCAUCUGGGAGCUGGCGGCCAAGCUGCGCGCAUUGGUCGUGUUUGCGGAGCAUCGCUACUACGGCAAGUCGAUGCCCUUUGGAGGCGACACCUUCAACACCAGCAAGCCGGAGCACUUGGCAUAUUUCACCGUGGAGCAGACGCUGGAGGACUAUGCUCUGCUGAUUACCUUCCUGCGCAACGGGCAGCAGCUGCCCGUGGUGGCAUUUGGUGGCUCGUAUGGCGGCAUGCUGGCGGCCUGGUUUCGGAUGAAGUAUCCGCAUAUUGUGAUUGGCGCACUGGCCGCAUCGGCACCGAUUUUACAAUUUCCCGGCCUGACGCCCUGCGAUAUCUUUGAGAAGAUAACCACCUCGGUCUUUGAGACGGCCUACAAUGCCAACUGCAGUGCCAACAUUGGCAAAUCGUGGAAGGCCAUUGAGUCGCUGGCGGCCACAGAUGCCGGCAAGAAGCAGCUGGGCGAUAUGUUUCAUCUGUGCGAUCCCGUCAAGAACGGCGAUGAUCUGAACAAGUUUAUGGACUAUCUCGAGGAGGUCUAUGGCAAUUUGGCAAUGGUCAACUAUCCGUAUAACUCAACUUUUCUGGCCCCGCUGCCCGCGUAUCCGGUACGACAGUUUUGCUAUUACCUCAAGGAUCUGCAGCCGAACGACACCGAUCUGCUGGCCAGCCUGGCCAGUGCCCUGGGUGUCUAUACAAAUUACACGGGUGCCUCCAAGUGCGUGGACUACAAGGAUUCCAAUUCUGGCGCCAACUACGACAGCCGCGGCUGGGACAUACAGACCUGCAAUCAAAUGGUGAUGCCAUUCUGCGCCAACAACAGCGACACCAUGUACCGCACCAGCACGUGGGACCUGAAGAAGUUCUCCGAGAAGUGUUACACGAAGUUCCAUCUCACGCCCAAGCCCCAUGAUAUUUUGCUGCGCUAUGGCGGCCGAAAUCUGGAGGCUGCCAGCAACAUCAUCUUCAGCAACGGUCUGCUGGAUCCCUGGAGCGGCGGUGGCGUCCUUCGUGCACCAAACAAUCAAGUGCAUGUCAUCAUAUUGCCGGAGGGAGCCCAUCAUUUGGAUCUACGCCAAAGCCAUCCCUCAGAUCCGGCAUCCGUUACGGACGCACGAAAGAAAGAGGCGGCCAUCAUAGAACAAUGGAUACGAGACUUUUAAAGUUUAAAAGAACACUAACAAUUUGUAAGGCAAUGUGAACAAUUCAUGAAAUAAAAUUAAUUAUUGUAAAAAUAA